AUGGCGCUUCCUCGCAUACGACAGGGCUCCCCAUGCCUGAUACAGGCGCACUGGGACGGACAGAGUGACCAGGAGAAUAAUAACACCACUGACUGGAAGAAGAACUCGUAUUCGCUCUCAAAUAGUCUUAACCUUCCGACCCCAUCUGAUUCCAUGCUAACCGCUUGUCCAGCGAAGUUAGGGACACGGUGUUUGUCCACGCCUUCGGUUUUUAUACAGGAACGCUGCAAUUCUCCACUUCUCCGUGCACGGCGUGAUGAGCAUGGUUCAAAGCAGUCCUCUCUGGCAGACAAUCAAAAGUCUUUUUCUGGUCUUCUUCCUCUUAUUCGAGUCACAAAUUCCGACUGCGACCUUCGUGAUUCUCAGAAAUUUUCAGAAAUUCGGGACUCGAAAGAAAGGUUGACAAUGCCCGCUGUGGCCUCAGGGGCCCACCCCCUCUGUCUAAGGAGGGCAAGGAGCCAGGAAAACCCGCGGCAACUGGGUGGCUGCGGAAAGCAGUUUUAUUCUCCUCGGUUGUCGAGGAAGACUGUAUUGAAUACCAGUAUUACGACGGAUAUAUUUAGAAAACAGGGGGAGAAAGUUUUGAGUUUUGAAAGAGAGAAUUCUGAUGAGGCAGAUGCACAAACAUCGUCAGAUCCAGCAGAGAAAAAAGCGGCGUCCUCUUUUUAUCUUGGAGACAGCGUAGAAAGCCUGGAGUCACGUGAGGAACGGUAUUCUUUGUCGUCUGCAGGAAGUUCUAGACAAACAGAAAGUCUAGAGUCACAAAGCGAUCGUAACUCCUUGUCGUCUUGUGGAAGUUCUAGAAACCAGUCUCAGAUGGACAGAGCCGAUAGUGAAAAGACAGAACAAUAUGGUAAUAGGCCAAUCAUAGAUUCCCACUAUGAAGGACACCGUCUUCAAGAAUGCGAAAAUUUAAACGACAGCUGA